UCUUUGAGUAUGUCAAACUCUUCAAUUGCAGCUCUUCUCUGUGCCCUUUACCCGCACUUCCCAGCUCACAGCACUGACAACCGGUAUCAUCUCCAGGCUCUGCGGCACCUGUAUGUGCUGGCUGCAGAACCAAGGCUUCUAGUGCCUGUGGAUGUGGACACAAACAUGCCCUGCUAUGCCCUUUUAGAAGUUACCUAUAAGGGUACUCAGUGGUAUGAACAAACCAAAGAAGAAUUGAUGGCUCCUACCCUUCUUCCAGAACUCCACCUGUUAAAGCAGAUUAAAGUAAAAGGCCCACGAUACUGGGAACUGCUCAUAGAUUUAAGCAAGGGAACACAACACUUGAAAUCAAUCCUUUCUAAGGAUGGAGUUCUGUAUGUUAAGCUCAGAGCAGGUCAGCUCUCCUAUAAGGAAGAUCCAAUGGGGUGGCAAAGUUUGUUGGCCCAGACUGUGGCCAACAGGAACUCUGAAGCUCGGGCUUUCAAGCCAGAAACAAUUUCAGCAUUCACUUCUGAUCCAGCACUUCUGUCAUUUGCUGAAUAUUUCUGCAAACCAACUGUGAAUAUGGGUCAGAAACAGGAAAUUCUGGAUCUGUUUUCUUCAGUACUGUAUGAAUGUGUUACUCAGGAGACCCCAGAGAUGUUGCCUGCAUACAUAGCAAUGGAUCAGGCUAUGAGAAGACUAGGAAGAAGAGAAAUGUCUGAGACAUCUGAACUUUGGCAGAUAAAGUUGGUGUUAGAGUUUUUCAGCUCCAGGAGCCACCAGGAGCGGCUACAGAACCACCCUAAGCGUGGGCUCUUUAUGAACUCUGAGUUCCUCCCUGUUGUAAAAUGCACUAUUGAUAAUACUCUGGACCAGUGGCUACAAGUUUUUGUACCUCUGCCCUGUGUACACUGA